UCAAUCCCUCCCACACAACCUCCUGCUCGACUCGCUCUCUUCGCUGAUCAGAACAAGUUUUCUUCCUCCUCCACAGAGAAACCUUCCUUCGAAAAUUUCCUCAGUUCCCCGUAUUGAAACCAUGAGCUGCAGCGCUACUACGAUAAAGCCCCUCCAGAAGGACGCCUUCGAUCAGUUCUUUUGCACGCUUCCUCCCAUUGUUGCGGACAAGGAGCAUGAUGGAAAGCGAAACAGAGGGGAUGAAUCCUGUGCUUCUGACCCCAGGAUGUGUGAUGAAGAAUCAAAGACCUCCAUGGAUCUUGACAAAGCUCCUCUCUGCCGUGUUCCCUCUACGGGAUCAAAUGAUAGUCGCACGGAUGAGUACUGCACAGAUCCCCUCUGGCACGACUAUGCCAACUACGUCUGCAUGAGAAUGCGUACUACUCGUCGACGCACCGACCAUUGAGUGCUACAAGCAUUGUAAAUUGCAUUAUCCUCCUUUUUUUGUGUGCGGCUUGCUGUACUUCUUUAGUGGAAUUUUCCCGUGCGCCUGUUUCAUAGAAGAAUAAACAAUAUCUUGCGAA